CCUCUUACUCCAGUUUCUCAACCACCCUUCGCACUCCAUCCGGAAGCAACAGACACAGCAUAAUGGCAUCCGCUUCGGGAGACCAAGUCCGAGUGGUCUCCAGCUCCGCUUCCACCAACAACGAAGAGUGGACAGAACUGGAAUACACACAGAGAAUGGGACGCAUGGAUGAUACCCCAGUCAUCAGAAUGCCUCCCCGGAUAAAGCUCCAGAGCACUACCCAAGCUUCACCGGUCACAAAGUCCUCAUGAUGCGGCAGUUUCUCAAAGACAACAACGCCAACCUCGGCCAGCUCUUGACGACACUUGGAACAGACGAACAUCAGUCCAUUGACAUGUUCAUAGCGAGGGCGUAUAACGCUACCAUUUCGGACCAGCAGCGCAAAAUCAUGAGCAAGCAUCAGAACAUUCCGUUCACCUUUUGCUAUAUCAAAGGUGAAUGCGGUCCUGCUUGCAAGUUUCGAGUGCGUAUUAACGGCGACGCUGGCCUUGGAGUCGUCACAGGCUGUGUUUCUCACGACGUCGUCAAGACCUGGUUGAACGAGGACCCCAACUCUGGCUACCCCAGUAUGUUGAGAGAGUCGCGAGUCGUACUGAACUACGGCCCCCAUCCCACAUGGAGACAACGCCAUAGUUUUGAUGAGUGUGUCCAGUACGUCCAGGAAUGUGUACUUGAUGCCAUGGACGAGGCCGCUGGAUUGUUGGACGCGUUUAUAGCUUGUGUUCCAUCACGCCCACCCCACACACACUACGACGAAAAGUUCCUAGUUCUGGACGUCCAGUACAAGAUCCUGCACUGCUUACUCACACAUGAAAAUCCAUACAAACAAGCAAUCAAAUCAAAAAGGGAAAUGUGGAAAGACUUGGAAGACUGUUUCAUGGAGGUCUUUAAGCGGUUUGACAAGGACGACCUUCAUCGACUCAAGACCGAAGACGAUGGCAUCUGGUGUGAAAUGUUCGACCUUGUCUGCCACUUGGCUAAUGAGGAACACAUCUUGCCGAGACUAGGCGAGGCGAGACAGGCUAUUGCUGAAGCAUCCUGACCAGACGAGGAGACUUGCGAGAUGGAUCAUAAGGGUGGAACGGACUGCCUGAUGGUUCCUAUGAACAGGGUCAAGGAAAAAAACGGGG